GUACGCCAUUGUAAACAAUAUUGUUUAAGUGUUUGAUAUAUAACGCGUAUAAUGUGAAGGGAAUAAUUUAAACCUUACAUAGUUAUACAUAUAAUUAUUUUGAAUUAUCAAUGUAUGAAUUGUAAGUAAUCAAUUAUAGCUGAUUAAUUCAAAGAUAAGGUGUAAAUAGGAAACAUGAAGUUUGACACAGAUUAGUCGACACGUUCACGUAGUCAACUGGUAAAUGCUGUAGUUAUAUUAUGUAACACUGGUAAAUGAUACACUGAUUUCGUUUCUACGCUGUGACGUUAUGUACUAGAAUGAUUGGAUGUGAGCCAACAUGGAAACGUUUACAUGGAAACAGAUUAUUUUAAUGGUAUGCAUGCUGAUAACAGGUGCUAUCACUACAUUAAGCAAAAAAGCGCAAUUUGAUACCAUUGCAAAAGGUUGGAACAGCCUGGAACACAGUUUUAAUCACCCUUGGUUUCAAACGUGGAUGCUAUGUGCAGCACAAAGUUUUUGUCUGAUUGGAAUACCAAUUUUGAGAAGAAGGGAAGCAAAACAUCAGAAAAGACAGGUAGCGCAUAAAGAGCAGAACGACACGCUUCUUAACAUACAAGAAGGGCCAUCAAGUCAUGCAAGGAUAUGUCAAUGGAUAAUAAUCAUACCGGCUUGCACGUCUGUUAUUGCUACGUCGUUAGUUGGUAUUGGGUUGCUCUAUGUUGAUGCCUCCAUCAUGCUAAUGCUAAAAGGCUCCGUCAUUAUAUCUACCGGGCUAUUUUCGCAUGUGUUUCUGAAUCGAAAACUGAAAGUAGCUAAUUGGAUUGGUAUAGCUGUUGUCAUUGUCGGUCUUGUGUUAGCUGGUUGCUCAAGUGUGUUCAAAAAUCAAGACCACAAAACAAACGGCGGUAAAGCAACAACAGGUGUCAUACUUGUCGUUAGCGCUCAAAUAUUGUCAGGUGGUCAGUUCACACUAGAGGAAGCUUUGUUAAAAUCGAGGAAUAUACACCCUUUACAUUACGUUGGAUUGAAAGGCAUAUAUGGAUUGGUUGUUAUGACAUUUAUAAUAUUACCUGCUAUGUACUUCAUACCAGGGGGUAAUGCAGAUGGUAGUUUUGAGAACAGUAUUGAUGCCUUGUAUCAAAUCACAAACAGUACUAAGCUUUUGUCGUUUUGUCUUCUGUAUCUUAUAGCUGUGGCUAUUUAUAACAUCACUUCUAUAGCUGUGAUGAGGUCACUUUCUGCUGUUCACAGCACGUUGAUAGAUGCUUGCAGGACAAUAAUGGUAUGGGCAGUGGGUAUGACCAUUUACUAUGGUUUUGAUAAGAAUUUUGGGGAACCUUUUGAUAAAUACUAUGGAAUACUUCAAAUCGAUGGCUUCCUCUUUCUAGUCAUCGGAACAUUGAUAUACAAGAAUGUUUUAGAAUUAAGAAACUUUGUUCCUUGCUGGAAAAUAUCAAGUGAGACGAAUUCGCAAACUAUUAAAAGUGAAAAUGGGUGUAAAGACAAUACAUUGGAUUCUGAAAAUAACUAUUGUCAUGAAAACAGUCCACUCCUGACAGAAAACAAGGCUUAAAACAAAACACAAUAGAGCGCAGUAUUAUUGUGACUCUAAAAUGUUAGAUACAAAAAGAAAAAGGGGUAGAUGUACAAGUGCUACUUGCUGAAUGUGAUAGUAAUGUAUAUGUCAAUAUCAUAUUUGCAUUAUAAUAGUAGUGUAUAGAUAAUAAAAACUGUGAUAAUUGUUUUA